UCGAAUUCAUGGGGAGCAUAGUCAAUAAUAGUAUUUGAAGUGCAAACAUGACCGGAGUUAUCCUCGCUAUCGUGCUGUGCCUCUCCGUGGCAGUAAAGGCUGAAUUUCCCGACGAUCCCAAGCCGUGCAAGUAUGGCGAUGGCGACUGCAUCGUAAAACUGGUAAACACAAUGUUCGAGGAGCGUUCCUCAGUGGCUGAUCCCAGCUUGAAUCUGAAGCAACUAGACCCCUUAAAGGUGGAAACAAUGACCAUAAGCCAAGGAGAAGACAAAAGUCCAGUGGCCAUCAACUUGAAGUUUACGAAUAACUUAUUGUAUGGCAUCAAAGGUUUAAGGUUCACCAAGGUUAAGGGCUUUGACAAGGAUCUUACCGCAGUGCAUGAAAUCAAGGGCGUCACCAAAGUGUUCUCCAUGGUAGGUCCUUACACGAUCAAUGGCAAAGUGUUGAUCCUGCCCAUAAGCGGAACUGGGCAAAGCAACAUAACGCUGGCCAACAUGAAAGCGAUCAUCAGAUUCUCCGGCAAAGCGGUGGAGAAAAACGGAGACACUUACCUGGAUGUCGAUGAUCUAAAACUUUCCAUCAAGCCGGAAACGAUACACUUCCACUUUGGAAAUCUCUUCAAUGGAGACAAGGCCCUGGGGGACAACAUGAACGUGUUUUUGAACGAAAAUUCGGAAGCCAUCUACAAGGAAACAGCUCCUGCCGUUGAAAAAGCAUUUGGGAACAAAUUCAUGGAAAUUGUAAAGGACGUAUUUUCCGCGCAUCCCUAUGCCAAGUUGUUUGCCCAGGAGUAGUAAUCAAAUUGGAUUCAAAAUCAUAGUAAGAUUUAAAUUACACUUCUAUUAAUCUGAAGCUUGUGAUUGUUACCUAUUAUCGGCCAGAAACUUGUUGAAAGUUUUCUAUGUGAUCAACUUUGAUGGAGCUCUUAAUGGGGUCCAAUUAUAUUAAUAGAACCGGAAAAAUGGAUACAAAUUUUAGUCGAUAAUUGCUACUCUAAUUCCCUACAGUGUAGUUAAUUUUAAUUUAAUCAAGAUCAGUGACUAACACUUAAAAAAUAAACCGUGAAAAAAUGUUCCAAA